AUCAAGUUCUUUGUGUGAAGUAUUUGAUCAAAUUCAGGAAAUACUGUCUUGAUGUGACAAGAGGCUAAAGUUUUGAGCCUUUCAGCAAUAUCAGUAGAAUUGCUGGAUUCCUGCAAGUCUGAAACUCGCCACAGUAGCGGUGGGAAGGACCCGCCCCUUUUAAGGCAGCGAUCUCCAGCCCUGGAGGUUAAUGUUCGGAUCAGUGCGAAAGCAGGAAUACGGAAGAGUAAAACACGAUCAACAGCUGCUUCAGCCAAACCCCCGAGAUCUCCGCCAGUGUCAUAAGCACUUAGCACUGAGCCGAGCAGCAGUGAAAGAGAGCGCUGGAUCCCGUCUCGGUGCCUCGCCAUGAAUACCGCGCUAUAAGCAUUAAAGGUGGCUGAAGUUUACAAGUAUAUAUGCCCAAGAGGAUCAAUACUUAGGAACGGGAAGACACAGAAUCCAUUUAUGUCAGCUUAACAGCAACCUUUAAAACCUUCUUCAAAGGCCAUACAACUAAGCUGUACAACCUCAAAAAGUAAAAUGAGUUAUCUUUGGAAAUCCUGCAGUUAAUCAUGUUUGUUGGGAAGAUUGGACAGAUUUUCACCUUGAGCCAACACUUAAGAUUCAACGCAUUCACUUCAUUGUUUCUCGAAUUUCUCAGCAAGUAAUUUUCUCCAAAGCUAGUCAUCGUUGGCUGUAUCGCCAGACCUAAGAGCACAACAAACAUUGCUACUGCAGAAGCAUGUCCAAAACCACUGAGAUUGUCAAUCUGUCAUUCCUGUUGGAAAAUGAGAAGAAAAUGAUUCUAGAAGUUUUGAACCGAGACGAAUUGUUGAGAAAAGCUGAAGAGAAGAGAAUAAGGAAAUUAAAGAAUGAGCUCAUCAAAAUCCGUGGUGGCGGGGUGAAUCGAAGAAGGCAGCAAAUUAAUGAGAGAGUCUGUAAACGAUGCCAGAAGACACUUGGCCUAAUCUUCUUUAGAGGGGACCUGUGCCAGAUGUGCAAUGAUCGCGUGUGUGCAGAAUGUCGUGUUAUAGUCAAAAACGGGAGCUGGAAAUGCACAGCCUGUGCUAAAAUUGCACAGUUGAGGGAAGUCACUGGUGAAUGGUUUUUUGAAGAAAGAGCAAAGCGUUUUAAGAAUGUCUCAGGGUUGGGAAGUGAAAUGAUCAAGCAAUCCCUCAGGAACUCUACAGAAGACAAGACUGAGCAAUCAAAGGGAAAAGCACACCAGAAAAAUACAGAGGAAACUUCAAAGUCCUUCACAAUGACCAGAAAUGAGAAGAAGAUGGUCCCAGAUGCAUUUAAAAGGUUGAAAAAACGUGGCAAAUCGAAGGUACAGAAUGAUCAGGGACUAGACACAAAGUUGGAGGAUGGAAGAAGCAAUGGCUAUGCAGGCUCAGACUUUGAAAUGGAAAGCAUACAUUCUACAACUCGCUCUGGCAGCAGAAUGACAACACCAGGACCACAGCUCUCACCAGCAUCCAGUAAACACAGCAUUGUAUCAGAUUACGGGAAGAAGGCAGCAUCUACAGAAAGUAUUGACACUCUAUCAAUGAGUAACAGUGUGCCCGAGGGCCUGUCCAAGGGAAAGCACAAUAUGCCUACAAUAGCAAUUUCAAAAUAUUCAAUUUCAUCAGAUAGAAGUAAAUCUGAGCUGGACUUGAGUGGAUCCUGUGCAUCAGGGAUUGAAGAUUCCAUUAGCCUCAGAUGUAAAUCUGUCCCCAGAGGUCUCAAUGAAGCCAAGGAUUACCUUGAAGAAGAUGACUUUGAUGAAGAAGACAUUGAUGAUUUGGUCUCUAUGUAUCGCCCAAACAGCACAAGAAGCAGUCUGGGAAGUGGGUUAUCUGUAACCAGUUUAAAUAGUAUGAUGAGUGUCUACAGUGAAACAGGAGAUUAUGGCAACGUGAAUAUCAGUGGAGAAAUUCUCCUUGGAAUCAAUUACAGCUACAAAAGUGGGGCAUUAAGCAUUUCUGUGAAAGAAUGCCGCAAUUUAGCGAUUGCUGACGAGAAGAAGCAAAGAACUGAUCCCUACGUGAAGAUGUACCUCCUCCCAGACAAAUCUCGUCAAAGCAAACGCAAGACCAAGCUCAAAUCCAACACCACAAAUCCAGUUUUCAAUGAAACAUUAAGGUAUGUAAUCAAUCACACACAACUGGAGACAAGGACUCUACAAGUCUCUGUCUGGCACUAUGACAGGUUUGGGCGGAACAGCUUCCUGGGUGAAGUGGAAAUACCAUUUGACUCCUGGGAUAUGGAAAAACAAAUUGAGGAUUGGUUUCUACUGCAGCCUAAGAUUGACCCUGCAAUUGACAAUGUCCUACAAUACAAAGGGGAAUUGACAAUUUCUUUGCGUUAUACCCCAGUUGGUCAGCAUUUAAGCCUUCCACCAGAACAAGGAAAAGCUAAAAGAAGUUUUAUUAAAGGGAAAAAGGGUUCUGCCCAAGCAUCAAAUGGUGGAGUAGUGGAGGUGCUCAUUAAGGAAGCAAGAAAUUUAACUGCAGUAAAAAGUGGAGGAACUUCAGAUACCUUUGUAAAAGGAUAUUUACUUCCUGAUGACAACAAAGCUUCUAAGCACAAAACGCAUAUUGUUAAAAAGAGCGUAAAUCCCCAGUGAACACAUCUU